UCGAUGGUUUAGUAAAUAUACGAACAACGUCUCGAUAAUCAAAUUAUCUACAUACUUGUAUAAAUUGGACAAAAAAUAACUUCUAAAUGUUUAAAUUGUGUAUUACAUUUAAGUAACAGUGGAUCUUCGCCGAUACGGAUUUCAUGGAGCCUUUACGUAACAUCUUAAAAAUAAGAAGGAAAAGUGCACCAUCAAUAGGCGGUGCGACUUCUACUGAAUCAGAUGAAAGUCAACGUCAAAUCAAAGGGUAUUUAAAGAUUCAAGAUGGACAUUCAAAAAUGUUUGGAAAGCGUUACUCGGCGACUUCGGCUGAAUUAGAUGCAAGUCAAUGUAAAUUCAGUGGGUAUUUAAAGAUCCAAGGGAAACGUCGUUAUGUUAUCGUGUCAGAAGGGUGUUUAAAUGUAUAUUUAAAUGAGAAUGCAAAGAACUUAAAGAAAUCUUAUCCCAUCUGCGCUUUUGAAAGAGUAACACCAUACGACAGAGUAACACCAUACGAAAACGAUUAUACAUUUAAGCUUACGUUCAGAGAAGCUAACAGGCCGCCAAUUGUGUGUUCCUGUAAAUCAUCACAAAACAGGACGGAAUGGGUCAGACAGAUAGAUACUGCAAUAUCAUUUGGAGGUGAGAGUGGAUUUGAAAGCAGUGAAAUGCUUCAACAUAAAACACCAGACAUUCAUACAACAAUCUCGAAAGGUAAUGACGAUUUUCAUCCCGGUUAUUCAACUGUAAAUCAAAGUAAGCUUUAUAAGGCAAAACAAGAUGCGACAGGAACGGAAGAAGACCCUUCAUACUUUCGUACAACACUCGUGAAAGAUAAUGAACAUCUUGAUUUGUUCUAUUCAACUGUAGAUGAAAGUAGGCUUUAUAAGACAAAACAUAAUGUAACAGGAACAUCAGAAAACCCUUCAUCUGAGUCAGAAGGUUUGUUCUAA